AUGUCGCGAUGGGUGGAGGUGAGAAGUGCGGAGGAGGCUGACAGCAGUGAGCUACGAGCGGAGUCCUUGCCUCUGCCCUUCGAGCCCCACUGGCCGCCGGAUCUCCUGGCCACGGCCGCUGAAGCCUUCUGCGCCCGCGUGCGCCACCACGCGAAUACGACGAACGGCGCCUGGGCUGGAAUGGGGCGCCCGUGGACCAUCUCGCUGGAGCCCUGGCUCGAGGCGAAGGUGGCCCUGGGCGUCCACAGCGCCCAGGUGGCCCGCGCCCUCGGCGCGUCCGGAAGCGGCGCCGAGGCGUACUGCGCGCAGGUGGCGGCGCAGUUCGGGCCGGGAGAAAAGUGGCGGCGGUGCGGCGGGCGUUGGGCUGUGGAGGAGGCCGCCAAGGAGUUCGCGCCCGACGACCCGCGCCUGGUGAUCAACUACCGCAAGGUCUACGACGUGGCCUGCAUCUCCUUGGGACCCUGCGGCCACGAGGAUCCGAACGUCAGCGCUUGA